AUGUCGACCGCCGAAGAGCUUCUACGCGACUUUGAGGAUGACGAGGAGGACUUCGAGGUGGGCGAAGACGAGGAAGUCAACGAAGAGCCCGAGCAACAGGAAGAGUCCAAAGAAGGCGCCGGGGUUUCCAACGACUUCGACCGCUCUAUUUCUACCGCUGAUGAGCUGACACGCCUACACAAAGUCCUGCGCGACCAUUACUCCAUCCGAUUCCCCGAGCUCGAAAGACUCGUCACCACUCCCAUCAAAUACGCCAAGACAGUUGCCAUUAUUCAAAAUGGCCCUUUCAACGACAUCAAGGCACUGUCAACAUCAUCGGAGAACAUGGCUGGCGUCCCGCUCAAGUCGGUCUUGGACGGGCCGUCUCUGAUGGCAAUUGCGAUGGAGGCAACUAUCACCAAAGGCCGAGAGAUGACCGAGUCCGAGCUCAAGCUAGUUCUCGACACAUGCGAGAGAAUUCUGAAGCUUGACAAUGAGCGCGCUGUUCUUACUGCAAGCAUUCAGUCUCGCAUGAACCAGAUCGCCCCUAACCUGGCAGCUCUCAUCGGGGCCGAAACUGCCGCACAGUUCCUCAACCAAACUGGUGGCUUGCUUGAACUAGCUAAGAUCCCCUCCUGCAAUUUGGGUGCACAAGGAUCACGCCGAUCAGAGGGAUUGGGUUUUGCGACCAACCACGGUGUUCGAGCGCAAGGUUUCCUCUACGACUCGCCAAUUCUCCAAGAGGUUCCUCUGGACCUCCGGAAACAAGGAAUCCGAAUUGUUGCGGCCAAGAUGGUACUUGCCACCCGCGCGGAUGUCUCCAAUUACGCCAAGGAUGGCUCUCUGGGCGAAGAACUGAAACAGCAAUGCUACACGCGACUCGAGAAACUGACCGAAUCUGCGCCAAACGCCGGUACAAAGGCUCUCCCUGCGCCCGACGACAAACCCUCCAGGAAGCGCGGUGGUUGGCGAGCCCGAAAGGCUAAGGAGGCUGUGGCUAUGACCGAAAUGCGGAAGGCACAGAACCGUCUUGCAUUUGGCAAGGAGGAGUCGGAGGUGGGAUACGGCACGGGUUCUGGCACCGUUGGCUUGGGUAUGCUGGGACAACAGGACGAUGGUCGCAUCCGCGCAACUCAGAUCGAUCAGCGCACCCGUGCUCGACUCAGCAAGAGCAACAAGGGCUGGGGCACAAACACCCCCGCUAGCGGCACUGCCUCCUCGUUGCGUGGCUUUGGCCAGGGCGGUGCAAGUGGCACUGCAAGCGUUCUUCAGGCACGAGGUAUUCGUGCCUCUGGUGUCGGAUCAUCUCUACCUGGCGCAGCUGGUACCUCCAGUACUAUUGCAUUCACACCCGUUCAAGGCCUAGAGCUGGUCGAUCCGAAGGUGCAAGCGGAAAUGAAGCGCAAGCGUGAUGCUGAGGAAAACCGGUGGUUCAAGUCUGGCACUUUCACUCAAGCUCCUAACCAGAACCCCGGCAAUUCCCAGGGCGGUGAGAAUGGUGGCUUCAAGGUGCCUGCUAUCCCACUCAAGAGGAAGGCUGAUGCGGGCGAGAGCAAGAUGGGUCCUCCACCCAAGCGUUGA